UAAUCACCGAUCAAGGUCAUGCGCACUACACAUGAAUCGAAGUUCAGAAAAAGAUAAAAAAAUUGUAUAUUUGUAAAGUGGAUGUUAUAUUAAAAAGAAGGUGAAACAAUAUGAAAUUCACUGAAUAUGCAACAGAUAGGCAAACCUUUAAGGUAAAAGGAUGUUUUCUUCUCAUUCUCAUUUCUACAACCGUCGGCGAAAUGGUUGCCCUGUUGGCACUAGUUGGGCACUGGCGGGUGCUACGGGAGGACAUUAUGAGCCCUACACAGCAACAGAUGUGUCUGCCAUUGCACAGAUUCGCUUUGGCAGAUGAUGAGGAAGCAAACAAACAAUGUCCUAGUAGACUUAACAAGAAGAAAAAUUCAAACAUCUGUUGUGGGACUUUGAGUGAUGUGCUUGAUAAAGUUUCUGUCAAGGUUGUCAUGGAAAAAUAUAAUAGUGACGCAAAUCCUGAAAUGAGUUCGCUGAACCUGACGAAUUACAAAUGCAAGGAAUCCGAUAAGAAGCCACCAAAGGCACAUCUUGUGGACUUAUCACAUGAUAAAAAGCCAGUUCCUUUGGGGAUGUCAUCAAAGUUACUAUGGAAUACUGACCCACCAUCUUAUGCAAAUUCUGGGUUGAAGCAUUUAAAAGAAGAAGGAACAAUAUAUGUAGAAAAGCCUGGUCAUUAUUACAUAUCGUCACAACUAAAAACAAAAAUUGCGAAAACGAAUGAUACAGACGCAGCUUCAGACAGCACAUUUAGACACUACGUGCAUUUGAUCUCAAGCAAAGGGACGGAGGGAGUAGUAAUACUUGAGAGUGCACAAUCCCAGUGUGAAAUGGCGUCAGAUGUUUCAGAAAGUACAAGUGUCCUUGGUUCUGUGUUCCGACUGGAGCACGGGGAUCGGUUGUAUGUGGCUACUUCUCAUCCACAAAAUAUUGUUUCUGGUCCACAAAAUAAUUAUUUUAGCAUACACAGUAUUUAGGUUGAAAUGUUGCAAGAUUAUUAUGACAGUAUUUGCACGGGUUUUGCGUGAAAGAACUCGUUACAACCCUGUAAGUUGUAUUUAUGCUGAUCUUAUAAUAUACAUUUGGGUAAUCAUAAUAGGGCCUUUUGAAUAUAAUAUUAUAAUGAUCUCAUCAUUUUUAUAAAUAAGCAUGUAAUAAAACAACUAUUUUAUCAUUUUUUUAAAAUAAAAAAAUAUAUAAAACAUAAAAAUUAAAAAAACAAAACAAAAAAAAAAA